AAACCAGGCGCACACCUCCAAAAGUUCGAAUUCUACAUUCGUUACCACUCUUGUUUUAAGCUACAUCAUCCAAUGUGCUGAUGAGGCUUGCAAACGAGGCAAAAUGAAGCUUCACCAACUGGGUCGUUAUGUACUUUCCUUGCCCAAAGAACGAAUGUGGCCCCAUGAGGUCUUCAGUGCCAUCGACAAGUCUCCAUACCUUACAUUUGAGUUGCAACCUAAAUUUUACUGAAUAUCAAUUCACGAGCACGUCCUUCCAAUUUGGUCCUGCGCUACUCCUUUGGGUUCUGUCGCCGUUCAAUCUUAUGACAACUCCGGAUCAUGGCACGCCCGUGUGGGAGGCGCGGGAAGCCGGCGUUCUAAUCAACGGUGACAGGGUCAUAAAUUGUCCAUCUGUAUCUGGUUUUGGAUGUGCUCACUAUUCAUUCGCUUACAUUACAGUUUCAUCCUCGGAAUCAUUUCUCAGACGCUACGACAAUGAAAUCUUUUCAUUACUAUCAGAAUUAAGACCUCAGCAAAUCAGAUGGGCAGCGCGAUUCUGUGUAGGAGAACACUUUGACAACCGCACUGUGCAAUGCUCUCAUUGCAGUGCUACAAUUCUGUAUAUGCCCUUCCGUGAUUAUAGACCUUUGCAUCUAGUAACUGCUGUCGCAGAUGCUGUUCACAUCAGAUUGCCCUCUGUGCGGAGUAAUAUGAACUUCGUCAGCGUUCUUCCAAGCCUGUUAUGCGUAAUCAAACUAGUAUCUGACCGAAAGGACGGGGGGGCUAUGCUGCAGGGCGACCGCGCACUACAGUGCGACCGGUAAUUCUACUGUGCUUUGGACAGCGUUGCAAGCAUUGGAACACUCACCGCGGACCUCCGCCGAACGAAUCCAGAUUGCGAAGCCCCAGCCUUGAAAAGUUCCACCGCUGAAGCAAUUCGGACCUUGGCACUUCGAUCCGCCUAUGUCAACCUCAGACACAUCUUCGAACUGUCUGGGCUCUGCCUCUGUGUAUGGCCCUACUAUAUGUUGCGCUA